ACUGACUCGCGAGGAAGCGAUGGGGCCUGCGACCGGACAGGGCGACUCUACCUUUAUCACUACAACGAGGAGCAGCCUUACAUCCCGCUGACCGAAAUCCAGAGGAUUGAUACUGCCGCCAUCCUAGACAUCAAAUGGUGCCACAUUCCUGUUGCAGAACAUCCCAUGGUUGGCAUUGCAAACUCGACAGGCGCCGUGGAGUUUUGCCACCUGACUGGAAGCGAGAAGAACAGCUGCAUGUUGGAGCCGUGCUUCAGGGUCGAUCUCGGUCCGCAGCGUCUGGCCUUGUCGUUAGACUGGUCCACAAGACGAGAGCAAUGUGGAUGUCCUUUGAGAGUGAUCAGCAGCGAUUCAGAGGGGAAGCUGAAUCUUUUCUCCAUAGAUGAAUCUGCUCCGUCUGUGCAUGUCCUGAACCAGUGGGAAGCUCAUCAGUUCGAGGCCUGGAUUGCUGCUUUUAAUUACUGGGACACCGAUAUUGUGUACUCAGGAGGAGACGACAGCCUGCUGAAGGGCUGGGACACCCGCUGCAGCCCAGAGACUCCUGUCUUCACCAGCCGGAGACACUCGAUGGGUGUGUGCAGCAUUCAGUGCAGUCCCCACCGGGAGAAUCUUCUGGCUACUGGCAGCUACGACGAGCACGUGCUGUUGUGGGACACCAGGAACAUGAAGCAGCCGCUGGCAGACACCCACGUUGAAGGUGGAGUUUGGAGGCUGAAGUGGCACCCGACCUGCGAUUUUGUGCUGUUGGCAGCCUGCAUGCAGAGCGGAUUCAAAAUCCUCGACUGCCGCGGAAGCCUGGCGGAAAACAUGGAGGAAUGUAUCAUCUUGUCAUCCUAUGUCCUGCACAAUUCCUUGGCCUAUGGGGCUGACUGGUCGAGGCUGUGUCCGAGGGAUUCCUUGGCUGCAACACAGGACUCUGCUGCUGCUGCCUGCCAGGCUUCGGAGGAACUCGUGGGAAGAUCAGAGGAAGGAGACGAGAGACUGAAUUUGCAGGUCCAAAACCUGAAGAUAAUUUAUGAGUCUCCUACAGCCACUUUUGAUGUGAUAUUGGAUGAGGAGAGUGAAGGCCCUGCCUUGCCACUCAAAGCAGAGGGGGGUGCAAAGCCCUCUGGGGAUGCUGACCUGGUUAGGGGCCCUCAUUUGAAGGGGAGUUUAGAUUUGGCUGGGGGUGCUGACGCCGGGGGAGAUCCCGAGGCAGCCAGCCCUUCUCACUCGGGAGCAAACAGACCCAACGGAACGGGCCUUGACAGAAGCGGCGAUUCGGCCAGGUCUCUAGACAGCCCGAAAGAAACGAGCAUUGUAGCAACUUGUUCGUUCUACGACAACAUCCUCCAUGUCUGGAAGUGGGAGAUGAGCCUGGUGACCCCUCUAGAGACACCAAGCACUAGAUUUCCCUCUGAAAGAACAGCUGAAAGUUUGCAUUGA